CCAGUGCCAUUGAUCUCUAUUCACAUUUCACACUGACACCGAGCGCCUGACAAACAGUGAGAGGGCAGGCGCAGUCGCACGACGAGCGAAGUGGAGCGGAUCAGCAGCUGGCUGGGGCUUUAAAAAGGAGCGAGAGAGGGAGGGAGAUACGGAGCGACCAUCAAAACAGUGUUGUGCAGUUCCAGAAGCGGAGUCUGCGUACGGGAUUUACUUUUAGAAGACGGUCUCCGCUGGUCUCCGUUUUCUUUUCGUAGACGAGAAACUGGAAGGCGAACACGGCGCGCUCAUGGAUCCGUUGCAACGCGCUGUUUGGCUUCUGUGAGGGAAGUACGACUUGGCUAAAGAAGCAGCUGCGGGGGGAAGGAAGCUCCCUUUUUAUCAAAGUGAAACCUAAGGAGAAGGCAACGGGGACGCCAAACUUUCUGCUUUUUUAAUUUGGGUGACGGGGUGCGGAUAAAAUCAAGGAGGCUCAGAAGACUGAGCGGCGCAACCCGAAUCCAGUGCGAUGGCCGGGAUUGUACGGAAGUAAGAGAGACGCAGCCAGGCGCCCCCUCCCUACAAUUUAAGGAGGCAUGUUGUGGCCGCUUCAUUGAACUCUCAAGGAGGGGGUGGAAAUCGUGCACGGGAGUUUAUUUUUUAGGGGGUUCGCCACUUGCUUUGGACCCAGCACCAGGCGACACCCCCAUUAUUGGAUUCUACAGUCUGACGCCCCCGUUGUUUGGAUGUAAACAGCACGAAUCGGUGGUUUUGCUCACUAGGGGACCUCUUGUCGUUUUGGAUAACUUUAUUGACAAGUCCUGUGCGACACUAAACUUUUGCCGUGGCGUUACUGAUUUUCUUUUUGUCGCAGCCACCAAUUCCCGCAUUGGUACGGGAACCUUUAUAAAAAAAAAAAGAAGAACACAACUGGCACCAUAAAAGCCCUGGAAAGGAAAUGCCAAUCGCCUCCACUUCUCAGCCCACACAAGAGCCCUGCUUCUAUUCGCGGUUGCGCCCCGUUUCCGACGCCGUUCCCAAGACGAGCCAUGCUUGUGAUGAGAGGGGGGUGUCUGGUCCAGAGCAGGCUCAGCUCGGGGGUGGCGGAGGGGUCAGGGGCCACCGGCGGCGGUGGCAGUGGUGCAGGCAGACUGCUGACGGCGUCUACUUCCUCCCUUCCUUCCCAUUCCCCUCCUACCACCUCCUCAUCUUACCACCAUUCGCAUCCCCCUCUCCCGGAACCCCCAAGAACUCGGUCCCGAUCUCGCUCCGGAUUUCUCCAACACGGUAUGAACAGCAAUACAAGCAACACUACUUCCUUCCAACAACCGCAUGGCGGAGGCGGCCACUUUCCGCAGCACAGUCCCGGGUGCGACUCGACAGGUGCCUCCAACCGCGCUGAGGGUCGUUCAAUCGGAGGCGAUCACCGCUCCACAGCAGCAUAAGGAUUGGCAGCAACCCAGGUGCAAAAUGCAGGUAUGGUGUAAUCAUUCUGAACAUGGAUCCCUGCAAGAGCAGAAGAGCUGUGAUAUUUUAGGAGGCCUUGAAGUUACUUUUCACCAUCAGUCUGCACAUCGUGAACAGGCUAGCAAUGAUGACAGUGAUAAGAGUGAAGACAGUCCAAGCCCGAAGCGCCAACGGCUUUCCCAUACACUCUUUGAGUAUACUACUGCUUCACCCAAUCCUUCUCCACCAAUCAGACCAUGGGAAAUGGCAGCAAGUAGGCAGCCACCUUCAGUACAGCUCACGCAACAUCAUCUCUCAGGGGAACCAUGCAGCAUGCCAGGCCGAAAUAGACGAAGUCCUCCAGCUCGGCGCCAACGUGGUCGAAGAGAUCGUGUGAUUAGACACAACUCUAGUAGUCAGGAUGAAAACUACCAUCAUCUUUCUUAUGGACAGCAGCCAAACAUAGAAGAGCCUCGCGCCUUUCACCCUCCUAAUGUAUCCCAGCGUUUGCUACACACUACUGCACACCCUUCUCAACAAAAUACAGUUAUGGUUGACAUUCAUGAACAGAUUCACCAAGGUACAGUUCCAGUUUCAUACACUGUCACCACUGUUGCACCUCAUGGUAUACCACUUUGCACAGGUCAGCAUAUCCCAGCUUGCAACACUCAGCAAGUUCCAGGAUGUUCGGUGGUUUUCAGUGGGCAGCACUAUCCUGUAUGCAGUGUGCCUCCCCCAAUGCUCCAGGCUUGUUCUGUCCAGCACUUGCCAGUCCCUUACGCUUUCCCACCCAUUAUCUCUGGUGACCCAUUUCUAAUACACCCACCUCACUUACCACAUCAUCCACCACACUUGCCUCCUGCCGGCCAAUUUGUCCCCUUCCAGACACAGCAGUCUCGCUCGCCACUACAAAGGAUAGAAAACGAAGUGGAACUGCUUGGAGAUCACCUCUCUGUGGGUCCAGGUUUCACAUAUCCUCCUUCUGCACAUCAUGCAACACUGCCACCUUCAGCACCUCUCCAGUUCCUAUCCCACGAACCUCUCCACCAAGAGCUCUUUGGAGUACCUUAUCCUCACUUGCUGCCUAGAAGAAUUCCAAGUCGCAGAUAUCGUUCACAACAACCACUGCCACCAGCGCCUUAUCAUCCCAGCUUUUUGCCAUACUUUCUCUCAAUGCUUCCAGUGCAACCCACUGUGGGACCAGCUUUCAGUUUAGAACUUGCAGACGUUGAUGAUGGAGAGGUUGAAAACUAUGAGGCACUUCUAAACUUGGCUGAGCGACUUGGAGAAGCAAAACCCAGGGGUUUGAUGAAAGCAGACAUUGAACAACUUCCAUCAUACAGAUUCAAUCCAAACAAUCACCAGUCUGAACAGACAUUAUGUGUUGUUUGCAUGUGCGAUUUUGAAUCCCGGCAACUACUUAGAGUCUUACCUUGCAACCACGAAUUCCAUGCCAAGUGUGUUGACAAAUGGCUCAAAGCAAACCGAACAUGUCCAAUUUGCAGAGCUGAUGCUUCCGAAGUACAUCGUGAUUCAGAAUGACCAAUAUUGUAGCACACGUUCUAGAUAGAAGAUAUAACUAUCUCUACACAAAAUGUGUAACAGAACUUUUUGAUUUUACCUUGCAAUGCCCUGUAUAUUUGUUUGGUUUUAUUAGUGGCUUCCAGCCUUCUCUUUUACAAAAAAAAGGUCGGUGGACCUUCCUUUGCACUGUGUGGUUUGAAUCAGUUAUUAAGCUUAUAUAUUAUAGUCUUCACAAUUAUGGAUUUGUUCUACUAACUGUGUGAUUGGAACUCCAAAGAUUUUUGUUCGUUUGUUCUUUUUUUAAAUUUUUUUUUUUUGGCUUAACUUGUACGUGUGCACUAACAUUCCCUGGUUUUUGUGUGAGCAUUCCAAGUUUUGAGUAUUGCUUUAAUGGUUACUACAUAUGUAAUCUUUAAGCAAGUGCUUUUACAUUUGAAAAUGUUUUAAAAAGGAAAAAUAUAAGAAAGAGGUAGCCCCCCAUCAUAAAACAAUCUACCUUACAUAAAACCUUUGAAUACUGUGAGCUAGAGUGGUCACUGUGUGUGUGUAUGUUUGUCUAAGUGUGUAAAGAGUGAGUGUGCAAUUGUAACCACAUGUACUUGUGUAUAUGUGCGUAAACGGGUUUGUGCUUGCAGGAAUGAGUGCAAUUGGUACGUUUUAUAUACCAGCAUGUCCUAAGGCCGUUGUGGUUGUAUUGUAUGCAUAUGUGCGAUAUUAUGCUGCAGUGUGAUAUUUUGUGUGUUAUUUAUACAGUACUCGUACUGUACCCUGUUUUCAGUUCUUUUUCCUUUAUUUUCUACUGAAUACAUAAGGUGCAUCAGUAUCAAAUCCCAUAUAGUGGCAGAGGGAUAAUCUGUAUUGCUAAUCAUUAUUGUUGAAAUGUGAUUUUAUUGUUUUGAAAAGUGGACUUUCCUCCCUCAUAAAUAAAACUGCCGUUUUUAAAAAAGAUUCCUCGAUUUUAUAUGUUCACAUGUCCUAAUAUACUCUAACAGAAAUGGCUAUUGGCAUUCUUUUCGCACAAAAAUAACAAAAGAUAGUCUUGUGCCUAAACCAUUAAAGUUUUUUUUUUUUUUUUUCUUCUUCUUCUUUAAGUAGGUUUUUUUUUUUUUUUAAGCAUGCCAUAAAAUAAUCUUAUCUGCGUAUCCAUUUUGGAUUACACUUAUUUAAAAUUGUUUACACUACUGUCCUCUGCUUGAAACAAAGCUAUAUAUAACAAAUAUAAGCAGAAAUAAGGAAGCUUGAUUGUAAAUCAGAUUAGGAAAGUGUAGACUAGGCAGUGUUCUCAGUUAAACAUUUAUGGCUUAUAUUCUGAAUAUAAACAUAAUAAGGAUUUUGUUGAUUUUUAUGUUUAUGUCUGAAUUUACCACAAUACUUUUGUUUUAUUUACACGAACUGACUUUCUGCUGCAGAAAUAAUUUGUGCUGAAGAUUUGAUUGACCCCUCCGCUAUAUAGUAGACAUUUUAAUUAUAUAGAUAUAACACACACCACUGUGCAAGUAUUGCUGCUUGUAUACAAUAUAUACCAUGCAUUUACUAAACAUGCUUGUGUUAAUAAUGCAUGAUGUUCCUUAUUGCUGCUUAGGCCAUUUAUCUUUUGUUCUUUUAUAAGUUAGAUAUCAGAUUUAUUUUUCACAGUAAUUAACUGCCAUGUUGCCAGAGUCCCCAACAUCUUCACCUCCAUGUACUGAAAGAUAACCCAGUGAGCUCAUGUUGUGACUUGAUAAUCUGACAUCUAGAGUAUUAAUUCAGUAUCUUGUCCCAAUAUGUAAAACAAUAUUAGAAAGCUUGGAUUUGCAUUUAUGCAGGUAUCAGCCAAUGCCUUUUUAUUAUGUGGACAUUGGUAAAUGUGCAAUUUGUUGGCUGAGUAAUGCACUAUUCGAGUAAUUCAGAUGUCUUACUUCUGGAUUUAUAAACAGCUGGAGAUGCAAUGCUUUUUCAUCUUGAGACAUGUGUUGGUCACUUUCAUAUAUGUAUUCAGGAUAGAUAUUGUUUUUUACAGUUUUCCAUUAAUAACAGAAAAGAAUUAGCAAGAUUUAUUUUCACAUGGAAAACAUGCAUUCAAUUUGUAAAUCUAUAUUAGUGCUUGUGUUAAUAAGUUACAUACUCCCAUAUAUGCAUGCAUUUUGUUUUUUAGUAGUUCAUUAGAGGUGGUGGUGAUAUGGCAAAGUAUGAUUGUAAUGAACAGCCAAGCAAGUAAUUUUAUAAAACAUAUGGUUUGGCUGUGAAUAUUAGGUUGAAGACAUACAUUGGUAAAAAGAGUUAUGUUGUGUUGUCGAUGUAUAGUGUGUGUCCAAGCUAGUUGGAAAUGUAUGUUCUUAUGCUGUUCAUAGUGUGCUUUAAAUCACUGAAAAAAAUACUAAUCAUCAGAUUAACAAGUCUCAGAUGGAGAAUCUGCACUUUAAAAGCCAUAAUAAUUGAGCUAUGAAUAGAAUUGGGUCUUGUUUGUGUUUUGUUUUGUUUUGCUUUGCUAGGGGGAAAAUAUUAGAUAUGUAAGAACAAUGCAUAACAAGACUCUGGCAUUUAUGUUCAGGUGGGCUGAUGCAUCUUGGCAGUGUUAAAUGUUAUCUUGUUGUUAGUCUAAAACAAAACUCACAAUUUUAUUAAGACUUUACAAAUGGAGCUUCCUGAUACAGAAUUUAAAGCAUUUCUAUGCUUUAAGUAUAAAACUGACUUAAAUUCUUUGCCUUUUGAGGUAACGGGAGAAGAGAUGGUGAUUAUUGCACUUGUCAUUUUAACCACUUUGGAAUUCCUGUCUCUGUAGAUAACCAGGCUUACAGUCUUUACUGUGUUACAUUAGUGUUUACCAUUUUGAAGCAUACUGUUAAAAUUUGACAAAACUCCAUUGAAAUAGACUCAAAAAGUUAGGAUAAUUUGGAUGCAAAAUGUCUUCUGACUUGGGUAAAGAAAAGAGACAUAAGCUUGUGCAGUGCAUAAAGCAGUUGAAUUGGAAAGAGUUUUGCAUUAGCUGAUUGAGCAGAUCAGCUGAUUUAUUGAUUUGUGCAUCUCCCGUGACCUCUUUCGAUUUCUGUUUCUUCCCACUUGUAUUCAAAAUUGCUAACUUGGCCUAAAGACACCCCACAUUUUUCUUAGAAAGUUAAUUUAAGAACUUUACUCCCACUUUUUUUUAUUACUAUUAACAUAACACUUUGAAAUUGUUAUGUUUAAAAUUAUAUCUGAUGUUUGUACUGUUAGUCAUAUUUAAAAAGUGAUAUAUAUAUAUAUAUAUAUAUAAGAAAAUACAUAUAUAUUUUCUUUUAACCAUGACUCUGGCAUCUUUAGUCUGUUUUGGGUGGGUUAUCUUAAAGCCUAUGUAAAAGUUAGCGAUUUUAUUCUUCUGGGUAAAUUUGCAGUUACCUCAUUAUUUUUAUUAUGUGAUUGAAAAUUUGUCAAAGAAGUUUGAAAGAACCUGUUGUAUCUGUUUUGUCAACAUCUGCAUUCAUUUCUUAUACACUAUUGUAUCAUUAACAUGAUGUAGUUUCAAACGUAUUAUAUCUGUAACCAAAUCAUUUGAAGGCUUGGUAAAUUUCUAGCAAAAUUUGUACAUUUUUUAUGAGAGUUAUUAGUAAUGCUUUACUAAGUAGUUCAACGAAUUUUUAUUUUUAAUCCCUGUGCCCAAAUUUUGAAUUUGAGAGGGUUAUUCAUUAAUAAAUGUAAGACGUUUACCUCUGCUU